GUUGGAAAAAUAAGAUAAACCCCUUUCCGAGUAUCAUAUGGUUGCAAUUGACCGAAAUUUUAAUAAAGAGAUGUUUGUGGAGACUUGACAUUUAAACUUUGACUUUUAUACUGUGUAGCACGCGCGUUUAGGUUCUAUGAAAAAAAAAGAAUCGUUUAGGAAGAAGUGCUAAGGGCUUGAUAUAUUUUGUUCACAUACUCGUGUUUUGUUUAUUAAACGCUUUAAAAAGAUUUGCUUAUAAAAGAUUCGCAACAUACACAAUGAAGACAACGAUAAUACCAUUCGUUGCGGCUUGUGCAAUAAUUCAGCAAGCGUCUGGGCAUGGUGGCAGACUUAUGGAUCCUCCAAGCAGAUCAAGCGCUUGGCGCGUUGGCUUUCCCACCCCUCGUAACUAUGGCGACAAUGACGUUUCCUGUGGUGGAUUUUUGACUCUGGUAACUAAUGGCGGAAAAUGUGGAGUGUGUGGCGACCCCUGGGAUGGAAAACGAGAUAACGAGGCUGGCGGGAAGUACGCAACCGGAACCAUAGUCAGAAAAUAUCAAAUUGGACAAACCAUCAGUAUAAAAGUCGACCUCACCGGGAAUCACUUGGGUUGGAUGGAAUUCAGAAUUUGUCCAAAUAAUGAUGUCAAUAAAUCUGUCACGCACGAUUGUCUCAACAGUCACGUGCUACAGAGAGCGGAUGGAACUGGUGCAAGAACCCAAGUUAACAACAGAAAUAUGGGUACAUUGAGUAUGGCCUACACGUUACCCGAUGGAAUGACAUGCUCGCAGUGUGUUCUACAAUGGAAAUUUCAAACAGAUGACACUUGGGGAGUUGAUAAGGAUACUGGGAAGGCAUGUAUCGGUUGUGGUUACCAGGAGGAGUUUUACGGCUGUGCGGAUGUAGCUAUAGGUGCUGGUGGAACAGAACCGCAGCAUACCUUCACACCAAAGGGUCCAAGAGUUCAGUUAACCCAGAAUUCGGCUGGCACAGGAAAGAAACUGCCAUGCAAAGGUAUACACAACUGGGCUAAUGAUCCUGAUAUGGACAGGUGGUGUACGGACAACUGUGCUAUCGGAAACUGCCCAUCAUACGGUUGCGAUUGUUCCAAUGGUACCGGAGUUGUUACAGAGAAGACAACCACAACGACACUUCGACCUACGACAACGACACGUAUGACGACUCCAACGACUGCAUCCACCACUACGACGACAACUACACAGAAACCAACGAGUUCCAGCACAACUACUACAGCAAAGACACCACAGUCAACCGUAGAGAUGAUAAAGGAAUGUAAGGCCACAAAUCUCUGGACUGGAAACGAAUUCCUUGACAGAUGGUGCGCGGACUCCUGCUCACGUGGUAAUUGUCCUUCGGAGUCGUGCAAAUGUACGAUGGUACAAAAAGGUGUCACCCAGUCCACAACAACUACACUUCAGCCUAAAACAACAGAAGAUAAACACAGAAAAGUCUGUCAUGCCAUCAGUCUUUGGAAAGGAAUUCAAGUUUUUGAUAUGUGGUGUACUGAGGAAUGCAAUAAGGGUAACUGUCCAGAUGAUACGUGUCAAUGCACAGACAACUCAGUACAGCCCAACACUGCAACAACAACAACAACAACGACAACAUCCACGUCAUUAGGCAAGUGUGUGUCAAAUGGAAUAGUGGGCGGAGAAUACUGGAAUGGGUGGUGCCAGAAAAACUGUGACACGGGGCAUUGUGAUACCGGCUACUGCUUCUGUAAUGUGUAAAUAAAACUGAAACGAAUGCUGGAUAACCUGUCUAAUCCGUUUUAUGAUAAUAAAACGUCAUAGGUAUCCGAUAGAUACCAAACUGUUUUUGUUUGUUUAAAACAUUUUGAUUGAAAUGAAUACCAGUGUAUCGAUGAACAUGAUGUGUUUAUCACAAAUCUGUCAAUUAUUAUCGGUUUUAUAUAAAUCGAAAUGCAAAGAAUGAUAUCAACUGAACUAUUAAGAGUUUGUUGCAAAGAAAUAACAACAUGUUAAUUUUAGUAAAUGAUAUAGACUAUUAAAUGACAUUAAACAGAUUUUUCAUGAAAUUUAAAAAGUAGACUCCGUAAUAUAUAUACUUUAAUAUUGAUACUUUAAAGUUCGAGUCUUCCAAAAAAUGCAAAAUGUAAAGAUUUCAAUAAAAUGUAAUGAAGCUGAUUAUAACCAAAAUGUGUAAUCUUUGAAUAAAAAAGUUUUUUAUUUAAAGUCUUGUGUUUGUUUCUUAUUAUGAUAGUAAUUCAUUAAGCAGCCAAAUAUUUAUUAUCCUCAUGUACUCAAAACGUAAGAUAAUGUCAACAUUAUUAGAUCAGUAUGAAAAGUUACAUAUCUGCUUGCAUAUACUCAUAAAGCCUAAAAAAUCCUUGUUUCCGCUAACAUGCUCAAAAAAAA